GCAUAAUAUGUGCCACCUACGCACCAAGCUACAGCAUGCAACUGAAGUAUCAGACCCCUAAAUUCCCUAUACCAUUCAUCACGACUGCUGCGCCCAGCUGAGCUCGACCAUGUUCAGUGCCCACGCAGCAGCCACCUCUUCGGCUUUUCCACAUUCCCGCUGCGCGCGCCUCCCUCUUCUCUCCUCCUCACCUAGGCCCACUACGACACAUCCCGCCUCACCUCGCCCGAAGCCACGUCCGCACCACCCAAGCCAAGUCCUCAGCCCAGAAUCCAGAAUCCAGAACCCAGAACACAGCUAUCAACCACAACCUAGCCAAAACGCCCAAAAAAACCUGAAACCUGAAACGCAACCAUCAAUUUCAAAAUUCCCGGUCCAGCCACCGAACCUGUGGCCCGGCCAACAAUUUGACGACGCUCUCAAGUUUCAACGCACAAGACCCCGAUCUCGCACGCUUUGUUCUUCCAUUUGAUAAUUCACCCGAGCCUCUCGACCGGGGACCAACGCAUCAUUCGCUGCCUCGCGGGUGCGCUGAAACGUUGAUGCCCAUCAAUGCAGCAAAAGACCGGACACGGUCUCGUCGCCACCAGCGCAGAACAACAGCACCCACCAGCAGACAAAGUCUACAACGAGUCCUAGUCAGAGUCCGAGGGCUGGCGUGAGAGGGCCACGUCGACCGUGAUGAUCGGCUUUUUUUCUUCUUACACACGCGCGCAGACACGUCUCCAACCAGCCUCGAGUUGAUUACCACGUGCCCACGCAAUACACGCACGGACCUACGUACACUAGUUAUCAGUCCACCACUUUUCGCUUCGCUCCG